AUGCAUGUACUUGCUACGCAGCCAGAUCUAUAUGCAUGCUUUGUUGAAGCUGGUGGGCCAUCCCUUAUGCUGUCCUUGCUAGCGCAUGAAAACUCGGAUAUCUUAGGAGCCACUAUCAAUCUACUUCAGGAACUUACUGAUGUAGACAUCUUGAACGAGAGCGAAGAAGGUGCUGCGCAGUUAAUUGAAAGUUUAGCAUCUGGAAGAAUAGUAGAAUCAUUCUUGACGGCUUUUGAAAAAAUGGAUGAAAAAGUGAAAGAUGACGCUGAUGCUAUCCACAAUGCGCUGAGUGUUAUGAUCGACUUCCGACCCGAAACUGCAGAGGAUUGUGUGAAUCAGGGUUUGUUUUUAUGGCUGCUUCGCAGAGCUUGUCAAAAGGUUCGUAUUUCCCCUUUUUUUGCAUAG